AUGCGGGAGCACCAAUCUCACUCCCGCGCCGCCAUGCCCCCGCCAGGAAAGGCUGCGGCUCCCUUCUCCUGCCUCUCCUCCCAGUGCUUCGACCUCCUCACCAGGUCCUGCGUGGAGUGCUCUGAACUGUUCAAGGAUAACACAACAAAGCCUACCUGCACAGUGCCCACCUCUACUUUGGUGCCCACCCUCCCCUCAGUGGACCUGCCCAACACUGUCCUGGUCAUCGGGAUCCCAGUGGCAGUGGUGAUCAUCCUGGCUCUGGCUGCUCUCUGGGUCUUCCUGGCCUGCAAGGCACGGAAGCAGAGAAGGAAGAGGAAAGCAGUGGACGAGGAGGCCAAAGGAAACAUGGAUGCCACCAGCACUCUGCCUAGUCCAAGCUACCAGGACCCUGCCAUGGUGGAGGGAGAUAUCACCUUGACACCAACUCCGUAUCCACAUCUCAAUGAAGGCCUGAAGAUGAUGGAGCCACCCAGAAAAGCCCCGGCGAAGCAGAGCCCAUGCUGCCAGGGUGAUGCCAACGGUGACGUCGUCCUGCUCUCCGCUGCGUACCCCCGGCACGAGGAGUGCCACCACGGCUUCCCACUGCCUGCCACUGAGCUGGGUGCCACGGUCCUGGUCACGACCAAAACCACCCAGAACUGUGCCUGA